AUGAGUGGCAGAGACUCCCGGUCCUCUUCCUCCGUGUACUCCCAGGACUCGGACAGAGAAAGGCGACGAAGACAAGAAACCCGCCCUCGGGACUACUCUAGCAGUGGCCCUAUCGCCGCGCCUGGUCACGCCUCCUACAUCAAUAGCGUUGCCAGCGCUGGCGGCGGCGGCGGCGGCCCUAGCAGUGGCCGUCCGCGCCAGGGCCAGGCCAGCAGCGUGGCGCGCUCCAGAAACACGGACUCGCUGGUGACUUUCAUUGAUUCCCGCCCGCAGUCGAGCGCGCCACAGGGAGCUCCGGGCUCGUCCGCCCGGACCAGCAGUGCCACGCUGCCAUUCAUUCUCGACACCAACAGCCCGGGGCCGGCUCCGGUGCGACCCCAGAGCUCGUCCACCCGGACCAGCAGCGCCACGCUGCCGUUCGUUCUCGACACCGGCAGCACGCAGCCGGCUCGUUCGGCGCGACCUCAGGGCUCUGGCGCGACCUCAACCCGGAGUUCCCAGCAGUCGGUGCGUUCGAACCGCAGCGAGGGGUUCCAAAACUUCCUCGCCGGGGUCCCUUCCACCGCGGGAACCCAGCUGAAAGACUCCGGAAGAGAGUCCCAGAAGAACAGGCGGGAGCGGAGACGGGAUUAA